AUGGCGACCACCACUAGGGGGAUCGUUGUCAUAUCUGGCGGCAGUGCGGCGAACAAUCUGGUCGACGUAUUCAACGCCGUUCGUGAAGACAAGCACUGCUCUCUUAGCUACAUCAUUCCAAUCAGUGACAAUGGAGGAUCUUCGUCGGAGCUGAUUCGAAUAUUCGGCGGUCCUGGAAUCGGCGACGUUCGAAGUAGAUUGGUACGAUUGAUUCCAGAUUCACCUGCAAAUCCUGAGAGAUCAGCAAUCAAGGCAUUAUUCAAUCAUCGGCUCCCUGCCGAAGCAGGUGUUGCAACCAACGAAUGGCAGUCCAUCGUUGACGGCACAUCGGGGCUCUGGACAGCCAUCACCCCUGCAAAAAAAGAGCUGAUACGCUCGUUCUUCAAUGUAUUAAACCUGGAGAUUCUCAAACGCGCACGACCCCCAUCAUCGACCUUCGAUUUCACCGCCGCAAGCGUGGGGAAUCUGUUCUUAACGGCCGCCCGGCUGUUCAGUGGAAGUUUCGAAAGUGCUAUCUACCUACUCGGAAGCAUCUGUGGCGUACCCUCAGAUCUUGUGCGCGUGAUCCCAGCGAUCAACUCCAAUUUCUCACACCAUAUAUCUGCAUCACUCGCGGAUGGCACUGUGAUUGUCGGCCAGAACAGUAUUUCUCAUCCGAGUGAGGCGACAGCGCUGCAACACGCCCCUGGCUCCCGGAGACCGAGUCUGCUCCUCGCCGAUGGAGAUGAUGUUGAUUACACGGAUUCCGAAUUAUCGGACCUGGCGACAUACGAAGAGGACCAUCUUCCCGGUUCCCUGGCCACUCUUCGCAACAAGAAUAUCAAGUUCAGUAAAACCGAGAACGAGGACUUGACUUCUAGAAUCACUCGAAUCUGGUACAUCAACCCCUACGGGCAGGAGAUCCGACCACCAGCCAACCCCCGAGUUUUGGAAGCAAUAAACGAUUCCCAGGCUAUCAUCUACAGCAUUGGAUCUCUUUAUACAUCAAUCAUCCCGGCAAUAGUCCUCCGAGGCGUGGGAAAAAGCAUCGUGUCCAGUCCGGCGCGGCACAAAAUCCUCAUCUUGAAUGGAUCACUGGAUCGGGAGACCGGUCCUCCGUCCGCACCGUUCGUCGCCUCGGAUUUCGUCGAGGCAAUCGUCAGCGCUGGGGAAGAAAGCCGGGGACGGGGGCCGAUUGGCCAUUCCCAGCACCCAAGUCAGGACCCUGUGACCGCUUCAUCGCAAGGGACUGUUCGCAAUUACAGGGCUCUACCGUACACCAACUAUGUUACUCAUAUUCUCCACUUGGAGGGCCCGGGGACGCCACAUGUGGACCGUGAGCAGUUGACGCAUAUGGGUAUUGAAACGCUUCGUCUCUAUGGAAGAAAGAUCGUAGCGAAGGAUGGCGACAAGGAGACCGUCGUGGGGAUGCAAUAUGAUCCUAAUGCACUUGUACAGGCUAUUGAGGUGGUGCUGGGUAAGAAGGGCGAUGCAAUGGUUCGGGGAGGAUUGGCAAAUGGCCUCGGCCGACGUAAUACCCUAGACCCUGCUAGAAGGGACCGAUAG